UAGAAGACGAAGCCAUAACCUUUAAAAUAAUACCAUUUAUUUUGUAAUAAUUUUGUAUUUUAUUCAAAGUUACCCGUUUUAUUAGAAAUCAAUUGAAUUCUGUUAUAGUAAAAUAGUUUAUUACUGUGAGAUUCUAAUUAUUUAUAUGGGACUACCGAGUAAAUAAAUAAGUAAGGUAAUGUGAAGGGUAAAAUGUGGUGUGUGAAAUAUGUAAUAAUAUACAAAAUAUUCUAUGUGGGUAUAGUCGAAUAAACUAUAUAACUAUAAAAGUUAGUUGGUAUAUAGCAAUAUUAUGGCACUAGAAAAGAAAAAAGUUGGUGAAAUACCUCAAGACGCAGUAGUAUUGUCGAAAGAACAAGCUUUGAAGUAUCACUAUGCAAUUUUAAAUAAUUGGAAGUCUGAAUCAGAUAUUUUUGCUUAUAAAUAUGGAUCAGUGUUCUUAGGUGUUUCAACCAUGUUAGUCGGGGGAUAUAUAAAUAAUCAUUUUAGAAGAAAACUAAAGCUAUUUAGUUAUGGAAGAAUAUCUUCUUAUUUACCAAUUUGUGCAGCACCUGCUACUAUGUGUUUCUUUUUACAUCAUGAGGUGGUAUUAAAAGAUUUAGUACUGUUACAACAAAAUCAUUGCCCAAUUUGUAUGGAAAUGAAAGCUUCAGCAUUUCAGUCACUAUUCGGACUUGCACUGCCUCUAGCUUUAGCUCCAAUAACGUCUUUAGGGUUAGCGCAGAGAUAUGGUACCUCUAGUAUACCUUCUAUAUUACAAGAACCGUUAGAAGUAUUCAAAUUGGUACGUAAAUUUGUAAAUCCAAUAAAAAAUGUGUUGUUUGGAAUCUUUGUUGGACAAGCUCUACUUGGAAGUGCUGUGACAUAUUUUGAAGCUAAAUCCAUUUAUAAAGUACAUUCACAAUUAAUGGAAUUAGAAAAUAAUUUGGAAUAUACAGAGAAAAUGUAGAUUUUAAUCUUGUAGUAUACAUGUACAAAAAGACAAUUGUGUAUUUUACAGUUUUGUUAAUAACAAUUAUGUAUUUCUAGUCAUUUUUUUUAAUAAUAAAAAUAACAUUAUUUCAUUACCUAUUUCUCCAAACCAUUGGAUUAUUUUAAACAAAUCUGAAAAGUUUUGUAUCCCAUUUC